GAUGACCAAGGGCCUGAAAAACUGCAGCGCUUAUUUAGUAACAGUGACAAAUCCAGCCCUGUGGAGGGGCAGGAUGAAAACAAUGGCAGCACAAAGACAGAGAAGCCAAACACUUCUCAGCUUGGCCCAACAGAAUUGGCAGACAACAAAGUCUGGAAUGUAUCUGAGAAUGCUGAUCUGUCCAAAGCAAAACCAAAGGAGGGUUGCCAAAUUGAGGAGGAGGACAACAGUGAGGGAAAGAAAAGGCGAAAGGAAAAAGACACGGAGCCUGAGAGAGAUGUGUACACCUUCCCUGGAGACUCGGACCCUGAGAGUCCUCCUCCAGCCCCCUGGGCUCACUGCACAUUCAUCCAGCGGUGCAGGAAGAAGAGGGUCCUGCUCAGGCCCUUCUCUGGCCUGGGCACCUGGCAGCGCACAUCGCCUGAGGCAGGAAGGCGGGUGAGAGGUGGUCCUCAAAGAUCAAAAACAGCCGAGCUGAGUGAAGAUGGAGGGAUCUAUGACUUUGAGGAAGUGAACUUUGGAGAGGAUGCAGAGGAAGAACUGGAGAAGUUUGAUGAAGAGGAAACUGCUGGAGGAGGGGACAGCAAAGAAAAAGCCAGUGGGGCAGAGCCACAUAAAGAAAUUUUCACCUGUGUGGAAUGUAGCAUUUACUUCAAAAAGCAGGUCCAUCUGCGAGAGCACAUGACCGAGCACUGUCAAAGUGGGUCAGGGGGUGGCAGGAGGGACCGUUUAGCUAAGGGUGGCCGUUUUCGGUGUGUUGAGUGUGGGUGGAACCUGCCAAAUCGUCUGGCACUGGCAGACCACCACAGGAGGCAUCAGGAGUCCCGGGAGAAGAUCCUGGAGGAGAUUGAGAAACUGAAUGAAAAUGGGAAGGCAGAGGAGAUGCAGAGGGCGGACAGUAAGAUGAUGGAGCAUUUAAGCUCAGUGCCAAAUGUGGUGCAAGAACCAGGUCCAGUCUCGGCUCCAAAUAACAUGUCCGACCCAGAAACAGUGACCAGUCCAACUCUAUCCCCAGUCCCGGUUUCAACACUGGACACAGACCCAGAAGUCGUUGAUGAUUCAGACUCAGCCCCAACCCCUCCUCCACAAUCAGUUCGAACCCUGGCACGGGCUCGAGCUGCCUCUGCCAAUCGCCGCCGCUAUGUCUGUACCAAGUGUAACUUCAGCACAAGAACUUCCCAGGCACUGGCUAAUCAUGCCAAGACCCAUAACAGAAAAAAGCCUUCUCUCCAGCGUACCUCCCCAUGCCUCCAGCCAAAAUUUCCUGCUGUGGAGGAUGACUCCUUGUCCCCUGGUUCCCCAUCAUGUUUGGCAUCCACGUCCCUGGCCUGUGGUCAUUGUGCCUUCCUGACCCCAAGUCAAGCUAUAUUAAGGGAACACCAGAAACUCGCUCAUCCAGGACAAGCCUCCAUCAGUGCGGCAUGGCCCGAGGAGAUGGGCCAGCAUUCAAGAUCCAGUGCGGGUGCUCCGAUUUCCAGAUCUAUUCCAGAUUGCGAUCAUAUCUCUGGGCCAGGAUCCAUAUCCCUGACCAGUAUUCCAGAGGGCAAAAGCCAGCAAGGAGUCACUGCCGUGGAGGACAGCACCCCAAACAGUGCUGCAGCUCGCCCUCCGAGGGAGCUGGCCUUCAAGUGCAUUGGGAACAGGAGACCAAACAGGAGGGGGAAGGAUUGGUCCGAGCUGGCCCAGUUUCAUUCCAGACUGGAUGGCAACAAGCUGCCCGAGAGUGAAGAUAAACAGGACAAAGGUCAGAGCACAGAGCUUGACACUGAGCUGGCCCAAAAAGAGACUGACUCACCGAGGGGACUGAAACCACACACCAGAGCAAGAUCCAGCUUAGAUGACUCUUCACAGCAGAGUGCUUCAUUAUCAUUCCCUCCUGAGGAGAAUUUGAAGGACGAAGAAGAGGAGGAAAUGGAGAAAGAUGGAAAGGUUUCCUUUUUGAGGAGGAGUAACCGGGUUAUUGCUGCCUCUGCUGAAAAUGACAGUGAUGACGAUGACGUUGACAAGGAACGUAUGCGGCAUUUGUUGUCAGAGAGCAUCUUAGAUGAUGAGGAAGAUGAAAUUGAUGAGGAGACAGGAACUCUGAAGAGCGUGGAAAGGAAGUGCCCCUACUGCCCUGAUCGAUUUCACAACGGCAUCGGGCUUGCCAAUCACGUGAGAGGCCACCUGAACCGAGUCGGCGUCAGCUAUAAUGUUCGUCACUUCAUAUCCCCCGAGGAAGUCAAUGCGAUUGAGAAGAAGUUCUCUUAUCAGAAGAAGAAGAAAAAAGUUGCCAACUUUGACCCUGACACCUUCAGCGUGAUGCGCUGUGAGUUCUGCAGCGCCGGGUUCGACACCCGGGCAGGUCUGUCCAGCCAUGCCAGGGCCCACCUCCGAGACUUCGGCAUCACUAACUGGGAUGUUACCGUCUCACCCAUCCACAUCCUGAGGGAGUUAUUCUCCAGCAGACCUGACCUGGUGAUUCCCACAGCUCCUCCGCGGAGCCCCUGCUCACAACAUGUGGAGGCAUCUCCUCAGCCUUGGAAGAGUGAGGAUGGUGUAGAAGAGCCCAAAGUUGAAACUUGGACCAUGAAUUUAGAGUCAUACUAG